AUGGCACAGCCAAAAGCUACAGCAACAAGCAAGAAGGCAUCUGCAAAGAUGCCACCGGCUGCGAUGCAGCCUGAUCCGAACACGAGAAUCACCCGCAAGAGAGCCGCUAGUGUUUCUCAGAAUGUGCCCGUGGUGCCAGAGGAGGAUGAGCGUCCCUCCAAGCGAGCUCGUCGCGCCAUCAGUGAAGGCCCCGAGUUGCUUUCUUCCAGUCCUUCCUCGAUUGGCACAAUCCCAGACCAACUGAAUGCAACUUUCCACCCUCAACUCACUUCACCCUCACCCCAAAAAGAUACACUCCCGACAUAUGGCAAUGCCUCUCCCAAGAUAUCUCUGGACGCGGCAAAAUCCUACCAUGCAGAGGAUAAGCUAUUCUCCUCUGCCUCAAUCAGCUCAGAGCUCGAGGACCUGAAGCGUCGUCUAGCUCAAAGUGAAGCGGCAAGAGUGGACAACAGACGCCUUCGUGCUACCAUUGUCGAGCGUGAUGCCCACAUCAGCGGUCUCAGUGCACAAGUCGAGAGUGCUGAACACAGCAGAAUAGAGCUUCAAUCAGCUCACGAGCAGGAGCUCAAGAAAUUGAAGGCCAAGCACGCUGCUGAAAUCCGCAAGCUCAAGAAAGAGCUUCAGACAGUCAACGGCUCGAACAAGAAGCUGGCUGAGGACCUCGCGGAAGAAGAGCAGAAGAACACUCGGCUCGAGGAACUCGUCGUUGAGCCAAACCAAGACCAAGAGACCUUGAGAGCCGAAAUCAAAGGGUUGACAGACAGGUGCACGACUCUCACAAAUUCCCAACAGAAAGUGAUUCAGGCGUUCAACGGCUUGCAGCGCGCCGUGGGUGAAUGGCAUAUCUCGUGCUCAGGGAUCUCUGAGGCCUGGUUGCGGAUCAAUGCCUACGUCCGUUCGGUUGCCGACAAUGUCAUCUUGGUGGAUACUGGCGUAUACAGUGCCGCCGAGUUGCCAGCGCAAGCACCAGCAUUCGUGUCUUUCGCGGAGAAGUUGAGCUCGUCAUGGUCAACUUUGUACGACCACGACGACUCCCGAUAUGCCCUCAUCACGGGUGUCAUAUGGCGCUAUCUGUCUGAGCGCGUCUUUGAACGGCCUCUCGAGCUGUGGGGAAAGAAAAAAUACCAGACGAUCACCGACAUCCUCAGAAAAGUUGACACAACGGAAGAUGCUGGUCUGAAAAAGGUCAGAUACGCCAGAGCAAUGAUUGGACAGUUUCAUGUCGACACUCCCCAGCUACGCCUGCCUCCCAGAGUGCAGGCAAAACUCGCCACAGGCCUGGCUUCCUUGUUCAAUUCAAUCAUGCGCCCAGCUCCAUCUGAUCACAACAUCCACAGCACGAUCAAUGAAUCCUCCGGCAUGAUUGUGGAGCGGUCUUUGAACCUGGCAAAAGACAUGGUGCAGUCGGCAUCGCCACUGGAGAUUCUUUGGUCACCAGCUGACAGGAGCAUGGCCGAGCCUCUCGACUUUGACGGAGUCUGGAUGGGAAAGGUUCAGCCAAACAUCAGCAGCAACAAAGGGGUUGAUCUUAUCAUGACUCCAGGAGUGGCCGCCUACGGCCAUCCCCGUGGCGAAGGUCUUCGGGAGCGGCUGGUUGUAUUCAAGGCACUAGUCUUGGCAGACAGUACAGUUGGUUUUGAACGGUGGUGA